GUCAUUUAAAGUUUACAAAAGAAAUAACAAAGUAUUUCUUCGUGUAGUGUGUUAUAGAGCAGCGCGCACCAUUUUUGGUAUCAUUGUUUCCAGCUGUGUUGGCAUCACUGGCAUCAGCUGUGGCUCGCAAACAAGUUCAGACUUGUCAAAAGCAGUACCAAUUUGUACAAAGUCGUAUUUUCUUAAAAAUACGGUAUAAGACUAAUUACCACACAUUUAGAGGCCUCAAUUUGUGAAUCCGAGCAUCAUUGAGCGAUAAGUAGCCCAUUGAUUUUAAUAAUAACGCAAGUAUGAGAGAAAUAUCAUAUAAUGAACCCAGCCGAGUGUGUUCGCCUAGUGCUUGCCGAUACCAAAGAAGCGGCUAUUGCCGAAAUGAAAGAAGUCUUUUUGUCCGGAGGGGACAAAGAUAAAAUUAAUUUUUCUUUCCCUUUCAUUUACCCAGUACUAAAGAAAGCAGUAGUUUUAAAAAAUUCUGAAAAGUCAAACGCAAAAACUUUAAAGCUUAUUAAAAAAAUUAGUGAAGAUUUACAGAGGAAUGAAUUUCACUUGGCAUUUAAAAAUUUUAACGAGGCUCAAUCUUAUACCAAAGGAAACGAACUAGCCGAAAAAUUAGAAUCUCUGAAAAAAGAUCUGCUUGAUAAAUCUGGACUGAGUAACGAAAUUAAGACUGGAAGUAAAGUUAUUGAUGAUUACAAAAAAGAAGAGGAGCCUCUUUGCCACAAAUGGACUGCCGACGUGCCUAAAUUAUAUGCGGGGCAGAGCAAACAAAUUCAAGCUUUUUCCAAAGCCACUCUACUGCAUCAAACAGAGGCGCUAGGAAGGCACUUGGUUGCUGCACAGCACAUUAAACCAGGAUGUGUCGUUGGCAUUGAGUUGCCUUUGGCCAACGUGCUCUAUUCGUCCUGCAAGUACACUCACUGCUCCUACUGCCUAACAAAGUCCCAUAUUUUGGUCCCAUGCCAAAACUGCGCACAGGCCCUGUACUGCGGUGACUCAUGUCGAGUGUCGGCCUGGGCGGCUUACCACUCGUUCGAGUGCCAAAUAGCGGGCGACCUCGAGGCAGCUGGAUUGUCUCCGGUGGAUGUGCUCACCGUCAGAAUCCUAAGCCUAUUCAAGCCCGAAAAAAUAUUGGAGGCGAUUUCACAAAGCGGCACUGCAAAUCUCAGGGGUUUCGAGUCUGACAGUCUGCACUCGUUCCUUCAAACUUACUGCGAUCCGCGCAGUUGGAAAUUCGAGGAGACGCUUGCGCAAGUGACGACUGCUCUGGUCAUUUUGAAAAUAUGCAAUUUAGAUGAACACCCUGAGCGAGUUGCCCUUUCUGCGUUUUUAUUGCGCUGCCUGCAAGGAAUUCCUCUAAUCUCGCAUGAAAUUUCAGAAAGAUGCAACUGCGGUGGAAGAGAUUUUUCUGAUCACGGAAUAGCCCUUGGAGUGUUCUUAGCCCUUUCUCUAGUAAACCACUCCUGUGACCAAAACGUGGUAAAACAAUACUAUGGUCGUCACUCAAUCAUGAGGGCAAUCAGAGUGAUAAGGAAAGGAGAGCAAAUCGUAGACUCGUACGGCCCUCAUUUCAUCGCCGAUCCUUUUGAAGAACGAAAGCAAGUUCUGCAGUCACGAUUUCGCUUCAAGUGCGUUUGUGAAGCCUGUGAAAAGCGUUGGCCAACGCAAGCUGAAGUUCCAUGGUCACUUCAGGUGGAAAUUUCUGCACAAGUCAGGUUGGCACUGAAGGAGUACCUGGAGGAAGGACGCGUCUUCAUGAGAUGGAAGGAAGACUUGGAGAAAACAGUGGAAACUAUGGAUUGCCUUGGAAAAAGAAUUUGCGUGCAAUAUUUUGUGAUUCAGCAGAUUUUAAAAGUUUUGUACGCUUCGGAAGCAAACUACGUCUUUUGCAAAAAUAUUAGCUAAAAGACGAUUUACCAAAGAAGAUUAAUUAAAUUUUAGUUUUUUAAAACGCCUGAAAAUUGACGUCUAAUUUAGGUUGUAUUCACAAUUUUGGUUUGAAAGAAAAAUAAUUUAGAAAGACUCUCU